UGAUAUACUUUUUCAUAAUGUAAAUGAUUCCUACAAAAAAUAUGAAUGAGUGAGUGUGAGUGCCAUUUUUUGACUCAAAAGAGAGAAUAAUUAAAUCAAAUUAAAUUUCAAUAAUGAGUUCUCAAUUAGGUGGUAGAGUGGUGGUGCCGAUAGAUGUGAAGAAGAAGCCAUCGGAGCAGAAGCUUCCUCUCCACAACCGGUGGCACCCCGCCAUACCUCCGGUGGCGGAAGUACGCACCGGCGAACUUUUCAGGGUUGAGAUGGUCGAUUUCAGCGGCGGCGGAAUAACAAAAGAAUACACCGCCGAAGAUGUCAAGUUUGCAGAUAAUUCUAUUCAGAAUCCGCCGCUCCACAACCGGUGGCACCCCGACAUUCCGGCGGUGGCGGAGGUAAAAACCGGCGAACUAUUCAGGGUGGAGAUGGUGGAUUGGACAGGUGGCACCAUUUCAGAUGACCAUUCUGCACUUGAUGUAAAAACCUUAGACCUAUCAAUUGUUCAUUAUCUUAGUGGGCCCAUUAGAGUGGUUGAUACCGAUGGAAACCCGGCCCGGCCCGGUGAUCUUUUGGCGGUUGAGAUAUGCAAUUUGGGUCCUUUGCCCGGAGACGAAUGGGGUUUCACUGCGAUUUUCGAUAGGGAAAAUGGUGGUGGAUUCCUCACCGACCAUUUCCCUUGUGCUACCAAAGCUAUUUGGUAUUUUGAAGGAAUAUACGCGUAUUCUCCUCAUAUACCUGGUGUGAGAUUUCCGGGAUUGACGCACCCCGGAAUAGUUGGAACCGCGCCUUCGAUGGAACUACUCAAUAUAUGGAACGAGAGGGAAAGGGAACUCGAAGAAACCGGUCUUCAAACACUAAAGCUAUGCGAGGUUUUGCAUUCACGGCCCUUGGCGAAUCUCCCAUCAACCAAGGGUUGCGUUCUUGGCAAGAUUAAAGAAGGAAGUCUUGAAUGGGAAAAAGUUGCGAGGGAGGCUGCGAGAACUAUACCCGGAAGAGAAAAUGGAGGAAACUGCGACAUCAAGAAUCUAAGCAGAGGCUCAAAAGUGUACCUUCCCGUAUUUGUUGACGGGGCGAAUCUUAGUACUGGGGAUAUGCAUUUCUCGCAAGGUGAUGGUGAAGUGGCGUUUUGUGGGGCCAUUGAGAUGAGCGGUUUUCUCGAGCUCAAGUGUGAGAUAAUAAGGGAUGGCAUGAAGAAGUACUUGACUCCAAUGGGUCCCACUCGUUUACACGUGAACCCAAUCUUUGAGAUAGGUCCCGUCGAGCCGAGAUUCUCGGAGUGGUUGGUUUUCGAGGGCAUCAGUGUCGACGAGAGUGGACGACAACACUACCUCGACGCCAGCGUGGCAUACAAGCGCGCAGUUCUCAAUGCGAUCGACUAUCUCUCUAGAUUCGGAUACUCUAAAGAACAGGUUUAUCUUCUACUCUCGUGUUGCCCGUGCGAAGGAAGGAUUUCGGGUAUAGUGGAUUCGCCCAAUGCCGUUGCCACACUUGCCAUUCCAAUUGCUAUAUUUGAUCAGGAUAUUCGUCCGAAAAUCGGGAGUGUGCCCACAGGACCAAGGCUUGUGAGGAAUAAUCCAGUGCUCCCACAGUGCACCUAUGAUGGAAAUUUGCCUAUUACCAAAAACCCCUCUGCUUCAAUCUGAUAUAUGUCUAGUCUAUUUACAUAAAUUAAAUAAAUAAAUGUGAACAAACUUAUUAUGUACCAGAUUUUAUGCAACUAAAACUCAUUAUGUGCAGUAUUAUCAGUCUAUUAAUAAUUAAUCCAAAUUUAAUUAUUAAA